AUGCAGUUGACGACAUUAUCGGUGGACAGCAUGAUACCCUAUAAGUUGGAGCUCUUGGGUCUUUGGUCUCCAAUCUCCGGUCGCUGGUCGCUGGUCGCCGGUCUUCGCUCUUCGGUCUCCGGUCUCCGGUCUCCGGUCUCUGGUCUUGAAGAGUCUCUGGUCUCUGGUCUCUGCUCUCUGGUCGCUGGUCUGUGGACUGUGGUCCCUGGUCAUUCACAUUAUCGUUGCAUGUGGCGAGAGGUAACCCCGAAUGGGUGUGUUCGUUCAUCUUUAUUUCUUGUGCGUGCAAAAAUUCAACAAUUGCAGAAAUUGAAACUUUUGCCUCUUGCCUCCGUUGCUCUUGCCACACACAGACACAUUGAAAGAAAACUUUCAGACAUGAAAAUCGUAAAAAUAAAAAUGAAAUGUGCACACGUUUGCCUCUUUCUGUUUCUGUUACUGUUUUCUGUUACCAUUUUCUGUUUUUCUGUUUUUUUUUUUCUGCUUGUGUUUGAGUUGGAGUUUGUGCCCUGCAGACAGACGACGCUUAAUAUGCCAAUGCACUUUUUCCAAAGGGAACGGCGAAGGUGGAGUGCUUUUUCCGGAACCCACUCCUUGCACCCGGGAUUUUCUGACUCACAUUUGUGUUUAUUUAAUCUUUCACCGGCGGAAUUGAUAUGCCCAAGUAAUAAACAAACAUCACUGCAUACAAAAAAGGAAAAAAAAACAAAAAAGAAAUAGCACAAAUUGAAAUUUAUGUUUCAAUAUUUGCUCAAUGUCUCAAGAAGCAGUUUCCAUGUGGCAAGUGGCUGUUGGAGCCACACAACUCAAAUCGAUU